GGUCGCUGUCGCUGUCCAGGGAGACUGAGGCGAGAGGGAGCUGUCCGGGUGGGGAGCCCGCAUUACCUUCUUUCUUUUCCUCCUUCUCCUCCGGGUGAGGGGAGAGAAAGUUGGGGCCCCCAAGCCCAUGGAUCGGGAGGAGGCGGAGGCCGCCGAGAGCCAGGGUCCCGCUGUGUGGCCCUGAGCCCCGUGUAUUGGGUCCAGCUGUCUGGAAGGCCAUGGAGAAGAGGCUGGGCGUCAAGCCAAGUCCUGCUUCCUGGAUUUUAUCAGGAUAUUGUUGGCAGACAUCUGUGACGUGCUUGAGAAGCCUGUACCUGUUUUAUACUUGCUUCUGCUUUGGUGCUCUGUGGUUAUCAACAGAUGCCAACGAGAGUAGGUGCCAGCAGGGAAAGACGCAAUUUGGAGUUGGCCUGAGAUCUGGGGGAGAAAAUCACCUCUGGCUUCUUAAAGGAACCCCCUCUCUCCAGUCAUGUUGGGCUGCCUGCUGCCUGGACUCUGCCUGCCAUGCCCUUUGGUGGCUAGAAGGGAUGUGUAUUCAGGCCAACUGCAGCAAACCCCAGAGCUGCCAGACUUUUAGGACAGACUCUUCCAAUUCCAUGCUGGCAUUUUUAAAAAAAUUCCAAAUGGCAGAUGAUUUGGGCUUUCUGCCCGAAGAUGAUGUACCACAUUUUCUGGGACUAGGUUGGAGCAGGGCAUCUUGGAGGAGGCAGAGCCCACCCAGAGCUCCAUUGAGAACUGUGUCUUCCAAUGACCAGCAGCUCUUAAUCAGGAAGCUUGAGAAGAGAGAGAGUUCCAGUGAAAUUGUUCCAUCUGUAGUGGCACAACAGUCUAAAGUUAAUGAAUCCAAGGAACUAGGUGGCCUGAAUACCAGUGGCUCUGCAGAGGUCCACAUGGAAGUUAAAAGUUCCAGUCCCUUAACCACAAACCUGACUGCAGAGAGUCCUGGUUGGCCAAAGAAUGUUUCAGUGCAACCUGAAACAUCAGAAGAUCUCGAUACUGCACUCAGCUCUCAGCAAGGAAAGAACCCUGGGAAAACCCAAACUGCUGCUGUCCCUCUUCCAAUGGCUACCAGUUAUGCUACACCUGCACCCCAAGCCUCUUUCCAGAGCACCCCAGCAUUGCCACCAGUGGUAAAAGAAUUGGUGGUGUCUGCUGGAAAGAGUGUCCAGAUAACCCUGCCUAAGAAUGAAGUUCAGUUAAAUGCGUAUGUUCUCCAAGAACCAGAGCAAGGAGAAACCUACACCUACGACUGGCAGCUGAUUACUCAUCCUAAAGACUACAGUGGAGAAAUGGAAGGGCAGCAUUCACAGAUCCUGAAACUAUCUAAGCUGACUCCAGGCCUGUACGAGUUCAAAGUGAUAGUAGAUGGUCACAAUGCCCAUGGGGAAGGCCAUGUCAAUGUGACAGUCAAGCCAGAGCCCCGUAAGAAUCAGCCUCCUGUUGCUGUUGUGUCACCUCAGUUCCAGGAGAUCUCUCUGCCAACUACUUCUACAGUCAUUGAUGGCAGCCAAAGUACUGAUGAUGAUAAAAUUGUCCAGUACCAUUGGGAGGAACUUAAAGGACCUCUGAGAGAAGAGAAGAUUUCUGAAGAUACAGCCAUAUUAAAACUAAGCAAGCUCGUCCCUGGGAACUACACUUUCAGCUUGACUGUAGUAGACUCUGAUGGAGCUACCAACUCCACCACUGCAAACCUGACUGUGAACAAAGCUGUGGACUACCCCCCUGUGGCCAACGCAGGCCCCAACCAAGUGAUCACCCUGCCUCAAAACUCCAUCACCCUCUUUGGGAACCAGAGCACUGAUGAUCAUGGCAUCAGCAGCUACGAGUGGUCCCUCAGCCCAAACAGCAAAGGAAAAGUGGUGGAGAUGCAGGGUGUGCGAACACCAACCCUACAGCUCUCUGCCAUGCAAGAAGGAGACUAUACUUAUGAACUCACUGUGACUGACACGAUAGGACAGCAGGCCACUGCUCAAGUGACUGUUAUUGUGCAGCCUGAAAACAACAAGCCUCCCCAGGCAGAUGCAGGCCCAGAUAAGGAGCUGACCCUGCCUGUGGACAGCACCACACUGGACGGCAGCAAGAGCUCAGAUGAUCAAAGAAUUGCCUCCUAUCUCUGGGAAAAGACACAGGGCCCUGACGGCGUGCAACUAGAGAAUGCUAACAGCAGUGUUGCCACUGUGACUGGGCUGCAAGUUGGGACCUACGUGUUCACCUUGACUGUCAAAGAUGAGAGGAAUCUGCAAAGCCAGAGCUCUGUGAAUGUCAUUGUCAAAGAAGAAAUGAACAAACCACCUGUAGCCAAGAUAACUGGAAAUGUGGUGAUUAUCUUGCCCACAAACACAGCAGAACUGGAUGGUUCCAAGUCCUCAGAUGACAAGGGAAUAAUCAACUACGUUUGGACUCGAGACGAAGGGAGCCCGGCAGCAGGGGAGGUGUUAAAUCACUCUGACCACCACCCCAUCCUCUUCCUUUCCAACUUGGUCGAGGGAACCUACACAUUUCACCUGAAAGUGACUGAUGCAAAGGGCGAGAGUGACAUAGACCGGGCCACAGUGGAGGUGAAACCUGAUCCCAUGAAAAACAACCUGGUGGAGAUCAUCUUGGAUGUCAGCGUCAGUCAGCUCACUGAGAGGCUGAAGGGGAUGUUCAUCCGCCAGAUUGGGGUCCUCCUGGGGGUGCUGGAUUCCGACAUCAUUGUGCAAAAGAUUCAGCCGUACACGGAGCAGAGCACCAAGAUGGUAUUUUAUGUUCAAAAUGAGCCUCCCCACCAGAUCUUCAAGGGCUAUGAGGUGGCAGCAAUGCUCAAGAAUGAACUGCGGAAGCAAAAGGCAGACUUUCUGAUAUUUGGAGCCCUGGAGAUCAAUACCGUCACAUGUCAGCUGAACUGUUCUGACCACGGCCACUGUGACUCGUUUACCAAACGUUGUAUCUGUGAUCCUUUUUGGAUGGAGAAUUUCAUCAAGGUGCAGCUGAGGGAUGGCGACAGCAACUGUGAGUGGAGCGUGUUGUAUGUUAUCAUUGCUACCUUUGUCAUUGUUGUUGCCUUGGGAAUCUUGUCCUGGACUGUAAUCUGUUGUUGUAAGAGGCAAAAAGGAAAACCCAAGAGGAAAAGCAGGUACAAGAUCCUGGACGCCACCGAUCAGGAAAGCCAGGAGCUGAAGCCAACCUCUCGCACAGGUAUCAGACAGAAAGGCCCCACGCUGAGCAGCAGCCUGAUGCACUCCGAGUCGGAGCUGGACAGCGAUGAUGCCAUCUUCACGUGGCCAGACCGGGAGAAAGGCAAACUCCUGCAUGGCCAGAAUGGUUCUGUGCCCAACGGGCAGACCCCACUGAAGGCCCAGAGCUCACGGGAGGAGAUCUUGUAGCUCGCUGGUCUGUUUCCUCAGGGUGGGGUUGGCAGUGCCAGGACCCAGAGCCCCUCCAGGCUGAUUCCCUACCUCCCAGGUCUUUGGGCAGCUGUUCUCCCAGCAUCUGCCAUGCACUCCCCUCGACCCCCACCCAGAACUGCUGGUACUUGAAUCCACACUCUCCAGAAUCCCUGAGCGAAGCUGUGAAGGAAGAGGUUUUCUCUCUGACCUGUCCAGUAGGCCCCCCAAAUAUCCUCACCUCAGGGCCUCCUUUUUUGCACCAUUCCCCUGCCCCCGCCCCCGCAAGGGCAUAGCCAGCCUCUGGCCUCCUCUCUGACUGCUUUGUAGCAGUGCUGCCCAGCACCUCAUGGCGGGGGAUCUGUUGUGCUCCCCCCACACCCAGCACAGAACUAGACACAGAACCAAAGGCUGCCAGCCUUGUGGCUCCAAGGUUCUGGUCACAGCUCGUUCUUUCUUCUCAUUUCUGGGACAGAGUGUGCCCUCUAGUGGGGCCAAGAGGAAAUGGCAUCCCUGCCCCAUUGCUGCUGGCAGGUGUAAUGCCUGGCCCCUUGCACUGGAGCCCAUCCCACUCCCCUGCAGCCACAGUGAGAAGGGUUGGCUGUGUCAGGGGCUGCUGUAUCACAGCAGCCAGGCUGCAUGCAGAUGGUCCCCCUCCACUUCCUCUGACCAGCACAUGCUGCUUCCAGGCUCAGGCCACUGUUCUGUCCCCAGAUGAGACAGCCACAGACUGGAAUGUCAUGGCAUGAGAACGCAUGUGUGUGACUAGCCCUCUAUGGACCCCUCUCUCUUUUUGUGUUCCUUGCACAUGUAUGUGUUGAGUGCCUGCGUGCAUAUCAACUUUUCAUAGGGCUCUGGCUGCUCAUAAGCAACUCUGACUUGGAAACACUUACAGCUCCUUGGAACGGUGACUACCUGAAUUCCUGUGGCCCAUCACUGGCUCCUCAGCCACAUAACCGAGUUGAGGAAUGGGGAGUGACUUUCAAAAAAAAAAAAUGAUUUCUACUACAGUCUGUUGUGAGAUAAUUAAAAGUGCUAUUUAAUUGUG